ACGAUAUGUCGUCUGGAGAUGCCAUCCCAUCAUUUCCUCUGAGCUCCUUGCUUUGGUUGUACGCAAUACAGUCUGCGUAAGUUCGAUGUGUACAUACGUAGUUUCGAGCAAUGUGGUAUUGGCUUGGUGGUGUGUCAUUUGGUUAAGGGCGGAAAAGUCAGUCAGAUCGUCGAUCGAAGAUACGCGAGAAAAUUGUCGGGACACACAACACAACAACACAUCAUAUUUACUAGCCUAUAUCUUGGUUUUGGGAGCGCGUGGUCCAACCAGGAAGAGUUUAAAAGAGCUUCAGAAUCUUAUAAGAAGUGGAAAAUCCAAAACAGAAGCAUCAGUUUUCCCAAUAUCUUCUGUGAGAUAACAACCAACUCCUCUUAUAACAAUGUUGUCUAAAUUCUUUGUUCCGGUUACUCUCGUGCUCUCUGGUGCCGUGCUGACUUUGGGCAGGCCCGACUUCUUCGAAGAUGCUCAUGGCACUGAUUUUCAUAAUUUCAAGAAACCGCUCCUCCAUGGAAACGACCAUCAACAUCAUCGAGAUGAGGAGUAUCAUCACGCUGGACACGCUGACUUCCACGAAAAGCCCCACAUUCCCCAUGACGUCUACAAAACCGUUCACGGGCAUGGUGAUCAUCACAGUGACCAUUCUAAUGACUACCAUCAUGAACCGAACCACUAUGAGCACAGUCACCACGAUGUGUACAACACCGUUCAUGGUCAUGGAGAAAGUCAUGGACACGGACACGGCUAUGGACAUGGGCACAGCCAUGGGCACGGCCAUGGGCACGGCCAUGAACACGGUUAUGGGCAUGGUCAUGGUCAUGGACAUGGUCAUGGCCAUAAAUACGGCCAUCAUGAGCACCACCCAACCUACUUGCACGUGACCUAUGGCGGGCACAACCCUUAUCAUGGACAUAAGCAUGUGAGCUACGGCUACGGACAUGUUCCCCAUGGCAAUGGACAUUUAGGUAGCAACUUUGGUCCAUCUGGUUUUGGAAGUGGAUCCCUCGGUGCCUUCGACUAAAGAGUGAGGAACCAUUCAGCCAGUUCUUUUUCUUCAAGUCCGACGACAGUUUUCAAUGAACGCUUGAGGCGUACACAUAUUUAAGAAAAAUAAAUUGCUGUGCAAUAACA